AUGGAGGCGUCGGUCUCAGCGGCGGGCACCCGGGAGGGUCAGGAGAGUACCCCUCCGGCGGCCGCUUGUUCUGUAGCGAACCCCCGGAUCUCGGGGGACCUGGAUGUUUCAUCCACCUCCAUCAAACUGCACUGGACUUGUGAGCCCCUCGAGUCCUGCCAGGGCAGCUGGAAGCUGCAGGCCCGAUGCCGGCCGGAUGGGUCCCGGACAGGCCCCUGGGGGAGACCUGGGAACACCAUGGAGCAGUCACUACAGGGCGUGGGAGGAGCAGUGACAUGCAGACCCCUGCAGCCCUUCAGCUUCUACAAUGUCACCAUCUCCGGGAGCGACCCGGCGACCCGCCCCGCCCGCCCAGCUGUGCUCUACAGCCGGCGGGGCAGGACCAGAGAGACACCUCAUGGCCUUUGCUUCUCCCCCGCAGAGCCGGCCAUCCCUGCCAACGUCACCGCCCUGCGCGUCUCCAGCAUCUCCCCGGCGAGCGGCACGGCCCUGCUGCACCUGCAGCCCCUCCCCGGGCUCCACGGACCCAUCAGGGAGUAUCAGAUCAUUGUGUCCGCGACGCAGAACGACAGCCAAGCAGACGCCUGCCCCUCAGUGGCACUGCCACCGUUGGCCUCCAGCGCGGCGCACGACACGUACCUGGCUGCUGUGCUCCCCACACACAACCUCACGGGCCCCAUGGACUUUGUGCUGGGCGAUGGGGCCCAACAGCACGGCUACUAAAAAGCCCC